AUGUUGUCUGCAUAUGCCUUUUCGCUGCUAGUAGCUUCAGCCAGCGCCUGGACUCCUCAGUCCAAUGCAAAGGGUCGCCGAGAUACCGAAGGCGUCAUGAGAUGGCUGCCCGGCAACGACAAGUUCCGCGGUGUCAAUCUCGGCUCGCAGUUCAUCAUCGAACCAUGGAUGGCUUCUGAUGAGUUCUCAGGCAUGGGCUGUGGCGGACUCAACGACGAAUGGUCUUGUGUCCAAAGCCUCGGCCAGGAUGCUGCUGACGCCGCCUUCCAGAAGCACUGGGACAGCUGGAUCACCCAAGACGACAUCACCCAGAUCAAGAGUCUGGGGCUUAACACAGUCCGUAUCCCAGUUGGCUUCUGGAUCCGUGAAGAUCUUGUUCAACAAGGCGAAUUCUUCCCUCGAGGAGGUAUUCAGUACCUGGACCGUCUAGUCGGAUGGUGCAAUGACGCAGGUAUCUAUGUCAUUAUGGACCUUCACGGCGGCCCUGGAGCGCAGUUCCCUAACCAGCAAUACACUGGCCAUGGAGUCUCACAGCCUGGGUUCUACACCGAGGCAAACUACGAACGAGCAGCCGACUUCCUAGAGUGGAUGACUGAGCGCAUUCAUACCAACGCUACCUAUGCUUCCGUCGGCAUGCUAGAAGUCAUCAACGAGCCCGUCCACUCUGGCGAUUUCCCCAGCCAAGCUGCUGACAUGGUCAACACCUACUAUCCUCUCGCCUGGAACCGCAUCCGUGAUACUGAGAGCAAACUGGGUGCCUCAGCCUGGGGCUCCGGGGACCCAACCAGCGCCCUCCCCAGCACCGACUUCGCCGCCUUCGACGACCACCGCUACCUCAAAUGGGACACCAGCGUCACCGCCACCAAAGACGGCUAUCUCAACGCUGCCUGCAGCGACAAGCGCGACGACAACGUCAUUGUCGGCGAGUGGUCCAUCUCCGUCGCCGACAACGUCCAGGACAACGACGAGCUCGGCAUCAAGAACCGCUCCGACCAGGCCGACUGGUACCAGCAGUUCUGGGCCGCCCAGGUGCUCGCCUUUGAGAAGUCGGCUGGCUGGGUCUUUUGGACGUGGAAGUGCAACUGGAUCACGGGAUAUGAUGAUUGGAGGUGGUGCUAUCAGUCUGCUGUUGCGGCGGGAGCGAUUCCCAAGGACGCGGGCAGCGCGGCUAGCAUUAACCCAUGUUAA